AACAAGAAGCAUUGUUGGCCUUUCACCAAAAAAAAAAGUAGCAUUAUUGCACAGCAGGGUUAUGAAAAUCCGCGCGAAGCGACUGGUCGUAUUGUGUGUGCCAAUUGUCAUUUAGCUAAUAAGCCCGUGGAUAUUGAGGUCCCACAAGCGAUACUUCCUGAUACUGUAUUUGAAGCAGUUGUUCGAAUUCCUUAUGAUAUGCAAGUGAAACAAGUUCUUGCUAAUGGUAAAAAGGGAGCUUUGAAUGUAGGGGCUGUUCUUAUUUUACCCGAAGGAUUUGAAUUAGCCCCCCCUGAUCGUAGGUCAUUGAUAUUUAUGCAUAUAUAUUCUCCUUCUUGCCAAACAAUUUAG